AUGUGCUCCAUCAAUUUAUUCAUUUUUGCCUUCACGAUUCUGUGGUCAAAUUUAGUGUGUCAAGAGAAUGAAUUCUGCGGGUUGGACGCAGCCGAUUUGAUGCGCUAUUACCAAAUGUGGACUUGCUACGAGCCUGUGCUGAACAAGGAUAACAACCAGUUUUAUUUGCAUCCAACAGAUCGAAGUGAAUAUGAGGGACUCAAUUACCGAGAAACCAAGCCGUGCAAGAAAAACUGCAACAAUGUCGUUGAGUGUUCCAACUGCAGAUGCGCUGGUGAAACUUGGCCGUCAGAUUUGAAUUGCAACGAGGGUGAAUUUUGUGGCGGAAUUGAGGCGAGAGGGGCGUUUGGUGGUUAUGAUAUUGCAUGGGCCUGCUAUGCGGCAACGUGGAAUCCAAGUGUCAAAAAUUUUGAAAAUUAUGUCUUCACAGGGAUUAGGUUCAUCAAGAAAGCAACAUAUAUUUUAAAAUAA